GUCAUUUUUGUACAACCAUCUUUUUUUGGCUGAUGAGUUAUUUCAAGCCUGUUUGCUUUACAUAUGGGGACUUUGUGAAGAUGCACUUAAUCUCAAAACUGAUGUUGAAGAUAAGGGUAAUCCAUCUGCUGUAUGUCUUUUAAAGCUGGAUCAUUCUCGAACAUACUCUCUGGAUGAAUUUUGUGAAGAACAGUCACAACAAGCCACUCAGGCACUGAAACAACUGGAAACCAUCAGGGAUAAAGCAAUUUUAGAGAUAAAAAGCACAAUCUUAAAGGUUGCAGAAAAGAAGGAGAUUAAAGAAUAUUUUGAAUCAAAAGUUUCUGAUGUUGACCAAAAACAUUUCAAACUGCCUAAGUUCCGGCAUUUACUGGAAAGAAACCUGAGGUUUCUGAUGCUGGUUGACUACAUAUUUCAAGAACUUAUCCGUCAGCUUAUGAACAGAGCAGUCACUCUACUCUUGGAAUUAUUCUGUGGUUCUGCCAGAAUGCCAUGCUCAGGGGAAAAAAGGAAUGAAAAUCUCAUCAGGUAA